AAGGAGAGGGCAAAUUGUCGUCUUUAGCCUCUGGAACUGUUUAGUAGUGGUAGAGGCCUUCAUUUUCUUUCACCUUGAAUUGAGCCCAGGAACUACAGCGUGCGUUUUAAAAAGAAAGUGAGCAUGGUAGGUUCCUGAGUGUACUCUGCUGCAGCCAAGAGCUGAGAAGUGAAGGAUGGCGUCCCGAGAGAGGCUAUAUGAACUAUGGAUGCUGUAUUGCAACAAGAAAGAUCCUGACUACUUGAAACUCUGGCUGGACAGCUUUGUGUCUACUUAUGAACAGUUUCUGGAUGUGGACUUUGAGAAACUGCCCACUAGGGUGGAUGAUAUACCCCCUGGAAUAUCGCUGCUUCCUGAUAACAUUCUUCAGGUGUUGAGACUCCAGCUGCUCCAUUGUGUCCAGAAGCUAUCAGAAGGACUGGAAGAACCACAGCAGGCCAUGUCGCUCCUCCUCGUCAAAUUCUUCAUUAUCCUUUGCCGAAACCUGGCUAACGUGGAAGAGAUUGGGACUUGCUCCUACAUUAAUCAUGUCAUUACAAUGACCACGCUCUAUAUUCAGCAGUUAAAAAGCAAAACAAAAGAGAAAGAACUGGCAGAUCAAACGCCCGUUGAAGAGUUUGUGAGACACGCCCUGGCUUUUUGUGAAAGCCUCUACGAUCCGUAUCGAAAUUGGAGACAGCGGAUUGCAGGGCGAAUUCUGAGCACCGUUGAAAAAAGCAGACAAAAGUAUAAGCCCGCUUCGCUCACUGUGGAGUUUGUCCCUUUCUUUUACCAGUGUUUUCAAGAAAGCGAGCAUCUGAAAGAAAGCUUGAAAUGUUGCCUACUACAUCUUUUUGGAGCUAUUAUAGCUGGGGGCCAGAGAAAUGCUCUUCAAGUGAUAUCUCCUGCCACCAUGGAAGUCUUGAUGCGCGUAUUAGCAGACUGUGAUAUGUGGGAUAACAGAGACCCAGACGAAGUGAGCUGGAAGGCGGAGCUGACGCUGAAGUGCCUGACGGAAGUGGUCCAUAUCCUUCUGACCAGCAGCUCAGACCAGCGGCAGGUGGAAACCAGCACCAUACUGGAGAACUACUUCAAGCUGCUCAACUCUGACCAUGCUGCCUUGCCUAAUUCAAGGCGGUCCAGGCAGUGGGAGAGCAGGUUCAUAGCGCUGCAGAUUCAGAUGUUGAAUACCAUCACCGCCAUGUUAGAUUGCACGGACAGGCCUGUCCUGCAAGCCAUUUUCCUUAACAGUAACUGCUUUGAACAUCUCAUCAGGCUGCUUCAGAACUGCAAGCUCUUUUUAAGUGCUAACAAUAAGGUGGUACACAAGAAUGAGAAAGAACUUGCCAACCAGUUACUGACAGAAAUGAAUCAGGAACAGGUGUUUCAAGGGCAGCUGGACUGCUUGGCGGUCUCUGCCAUACAAGCCCUUACAGCAGUGAUGCUCAAGUCCCCAGCUGCUAAGGAAGUAUUUAAGGAACGGAUCGGUUAUGCUCAUAUAUUUGAAGUCCUCAAAUCUAUGGGUCAGCCUUCACGGGAAUUGCUUGAAGAGCUUAUGAAUAUGGCUGUUGAAGGCGACCACACAUCUGUCGGCAUCUUGGGCAUAAGCAACGUCCAGCCUCUGUUGCUGCUGGUUCAGUGGCUCCCAGAGCUAGAGUCUCCCGAACUUCAGGUUUUCGUCUCGAGCUGGCUGAAGCGGAUAUGCUGUAUCAACAGGCAGAGCCGUGCGACGUGCGUCAAUAUGAACAUGGUCACCCGCAUCAUCGAGACGCUCAACGGGCACUCUUUGCUGCAUGGGACGUGCGCCGAGAACCUGGUCGCUCUCUUGGGGUCUUUGGGAAGCCAGUCGAUGAGCUCCGAAGAACUGCACCAGCUCAUCAGGCUGUUGAGGACUACGGACCCGAAGCAGGCCCACCCGUACGUCGUCCCUGUCAUGCGUGCGAUUCUCACAAUGGCCCGAAAGCAAGGGCUGGACAAUGCCUUGCAGUAUUUCGACCUCUCUCACAGCAUGGCGGGCAUUGCGGUGCCCCCCAUCCAGAGGUGGCCGGGUUCUGCGUUUUCCUUCAGUGCUUGGCUGUGCCUGGACCAAGACCAAGUGAGCCCCAACGCCAGUAACAAGGGCGGCAAGAGGAAACAGCUGUACAGCUUCUUUACAGCAAGCGGGGUGGGCUUUGAAGCAUUCAUUACCUGCUCUGGAAUGCUGGUGGUCGCCGUGUGUACAAAGAAGGAAUAUGCCACGGUGAUGCUCUCAGAUCACUGCUUCUGCGAUUCUCUCUGGCACCAUAUAAGCGUUGUUCACAUGCCUGGGAAGAGACCCUUUGGCCAAAGCCUUGUCUAUAUUUAUGUGAAUGGACAGCAGAAGAUCUCCGCACCACUCAGAUUUCCUGCCAUGAAUGAACUGUUUAUUUCUUGCGGCAUUGGUUCCGCUGGCCAAAGGACCACGACUCCUCCACCGUCCCAGAUCCCAGACCCGCCUUUUGCUUCCCCCGUAAUGCCUCAUCGGACCUCCUUCGGUGGGAUUCUCUCUGCAGGCAGCUGGGGAGGGCUGCUCGGGAAACCAGAACUGGUCACCAAGCUGAUUUCGGCGGGGACUCAAGACAGCGAGUGGGGAUGCCCCACCUCUCUAGAAGGCCAGCUUGGAUCUGUUAUCAUAUUUCAUGAAGCCCUGCAGCCUCAUCACGUGAAAGCGUUAUAUCUGGCAGGUCCCAACAGCUUAACUCCAUGGAAAUCCCAGGAGGCCGAGAUGGUAGAUUGGUCUAGCAAAGUCCUCCUUCACUAUACUCCAAAGGCUUGCCGAAGCCCAAUAUGUCUUGACCUGUCCCCAAAUCUUUUCCACGGAAGGCUAACUGGAAACAAAGUUGUGAACUGGGACAUCAAGGAUAUGAUCAACUGUGUGGGUGGAUUAAACGUGCUCUUCCUGCUGCUAGAGCAGAUCAGCCUCCUCGGCGACCAGGUGCCCGACAGGACAGACGGGCAGCCUCUUGAAUUGGCAACACCAGUCGAAGGAGACUGGGUGGUGUUAACUUCCACCAAGGCGUCAGAGGCUCGCUUGGAGAAGAACAUAGUCGCAACUUUCAUUUUGGUGAUAAAGCACUUUAUUCAAAGGCAUCUGAUCAACCAGGAGAAUCUCGUUCACACGCACGGAGUCGCCACCUUAGGAGCCCUAUUGCAGAACGUGCCAAGAAGCUUCAUGGAUGUGAAUGUCCUGAUGGCCAUCCAGUUGCUUAUAGAACAGGUCUCGGUGGCCAAAAAUGCACAGCUUUUGCAGCAGAUGUAUCAGUAUCUACUUUUUGACUUCAGCAUCUGGAACCGUGGAGACUUCCCAUUUAGAAUCGGGCACAUCCAGUACCUUUCUACAAUCAUCAAAGACAGCAGAAGGCUCUUCCGGAAAAAAUACGGGGUGCAGUUUUUACUGGAUACUUUGAGGUUUUAUUAUGGAAGCGGCUGUAAAGACAGUGAAUUGACUCUGGAUGAUCUCAGAACGAUAAGAACAUCUCUCUACGGACUAAUUAAAUAUUUCUUAAGCAAAGGAGGCACACAUGAGGAAGUGCAAAGCAUCAUGGGAUACAUAGCAGCUAUCAACGACGAGGAGCAGCUUGGUGGGAUCUUGGAGGUGCUCUUCGGUCUGCUUCACACUAGCCCAACCCGAGACCAACUUUUCUUGUUGCUUUUUGAGCCGGGAAGCGCAGAUAUUCUUUACUCUCUGCUGCUGAAUCACAGGUACUCCGACAGACUGAAGGAGCUUGUUUUCAAGGUAAUGGAGCAGAUGCUGAAAUGCACCAAGGUCUACGAGCGGAGCAAGCAACGUAUGAAGCUCCGAGAAGUUGGGUAUUCCGGGCUGGGCCUGCUCCUGAAUGACGCGCCAGUGACUACAUCAUUUAUUAAGAGCCUUCUCAAUCAAGUUCUGCACGCAGAUCCAGUGGUGAAUUACAGGGACUUCAUGGCAGUGGUUCACUUGGCUCACAAAGCAGAUAUAAACAUCAGAGUGGCUAUUUGUCAAAAGCUUUUGCAGAUUCUCCACUCCCACCAGGAUUCGGCACAACAGAUUUCUCAACAGUUGGGCUGGCAGGAGACGUUGACAAGGCUCUUCUUAAAAGACAACGCCGACCUCCGGAACGGCCUUAGGGAGAACAGAAGUGACUCUGCGAAAGACGAUGAAAAGAGAGCGUCUUCCAGAGACCACCAGAAACGCCACGCUUCGAAGGCCGAUGGAGAAGACGCCGCCAGUUUCGCGUCCGUCAAUGGCUUGUGCGAUCAGUGGAGCUUAGAAGAUGGCAAGACGGCCCCGGUGUUUGAAGACGUCUCUGUGGUAGAGAUGUCAUUCAGGCCCGAGGACCCGGAGGAGUUAUGGCCAAAGAAUCCUUCACACUUGAGCUUGGACCUGUCGAGUGUUGACUCUUACGAACUGGGAGAUCCUGGGAACCAAACAGCCGAUAGCCCGCCCAGCACGCCAUCUCCCAGUGAGACCACAAAGCCGUUUUCUGGACAGCUCGACAAAGAACCAAACGUGGCCAUGGAGGCUGCAUCUGCUGCUGAUCUUUCAUUAUUUGAAAUUAGUGAGGCAUGCGAAGAAGAUCUCGUACAGUUGCUCUCUGAUGUCCUGCUCUGUUUGAUGUGGAAAGGUGUAGAAAAGUCCGAGGACGCUGCCUGGAUUGAGAGGGGGCAGGUUUUUUCGGCUCUCACCAAGCUGGGGAUAUCCAACGAACUGCUGCGCCCAUCGGAUGAAAUAAAACUCAAUUUGCUUGAGAAGAUGCUGGAGUGGGCCGUGACGGACAGCCGAGACACCAAAUCCCUCCCGGGGUAUGCAGAAAAUGCUUUCCGGCUCCUGCUUGUUGUGCAAGAUUUUCUCCAAGCUGAAGGGCUGGUCAAUCCAAGCCUGUGGACAGAAAAGCUCUUGGAAGAACUGGUGACCUUGAUGGACACCUUGUCGGUCUGGUAUUCUUCUGGCCCAGAGUGUGUGAAGUUCUACCAAGUGCAGGUCCAGAUUCUCCUUGGCUUCAUUGGGCAGGAUAACUUACAGGUUUGUGCAAUGGCUGCUGCCAAGCUGAAUACACUGCUUCAGACCAAAGUGCUCGACAACCAAGCAGAGUCCUGCUACCUCUUGGGCCGGCUGGAAGGCAUUCUGAGUCGGUCGAUCCAAGAAAAGACAGAAACCUACUCCUUUUUGAUUCCGCUCGUCCGGACGCUCAUUUCCAAAAUAUACGAACUCCUCUUCAUGAAUUUGCACUUGCCUUCCUUACCGUCCACAAAUGGAAGCCCCUCGUUUUUUGAGGAUUUCCAGGACUACUGCAGCACUGAAGAAUGGAAGGUUUAUAUUGAUAAAUAUAUUGUUCCGAAUAUGAAGCAGUAUGAAGUCAGCACUUUCAGCGAUGGCCAUGAACGCAUGGCAGUGUAUUGGAAGGACUGUUACGAGGCGUUGAUGGUGAACGUCCAUAAGCGGGAGCGGGAACGAGGAGAGAGCAAGCUGAAAUUUCAGGAGUUUUUUGUGGAGCCGUUUAACCGAAGGUCCCGGCAGGAAAACAUGCGUUACAACAGCAUGGUGAAACAACUCAACAGUCAGCACACAGCCACUCAGAGACAGUGGAGAGCCGCCAAGCUCUACCUUACUAGUGAACAGGGCCCCUGGGCCGAAAGGAAACUGCACCUAGUUCACUGGAAGCUUUCAAACGUGGAGAACUACUCGCGGAUGAGGCUUAAAUUAGUGCAGAAUUACAAUUUCAGCUCUCACCAGGAUGCUAGUGCCCUGAGAGAUAAUCUAGGAGUGCAGCAUGCUGAGCCCUCGAGCGAGACUCUCCUCCUAGAAGCAGUGAAACAGGUGAAAGUUAACGACGUGGAAGAGGAUGUGCUUGAACUGCCAGACGAAGAUGCAGCACCCAGCGCAAACAUAGACGAGAAAGAAGAGCAAAGUCAGAAAGAAAAGCUCGUGCUGUCGGAAGACUGCGAACUCAUCACUAUAAUCAAUGUGAUACCUGGGAGACUGGAGGUCACCAACCAGCACAUUUAUUUCUACGACGGCAGCACCGAGAAGGAAGAAGGUGUUGGUUUUGAUUUCAAAUGGCCCCUUUCUCAAAUCCGAGAGGUUCACUUACGUCGCUAUAACUUGAGAAGGUCGGCCUUGGAGAUAUUCUUUAUUGACCAGACUAACUACUUCCUCAACUUUAAAAAGGAGGCAAGAAACAAAGUUUACAGCCGAAUUCUGUCUCUUUGCUCCCCGAAUAUUAGUGGGACCAGAUCUCCGCAAGAAUUAUUUAAAGCCUCAGGACUUACACAGAAAUGGGUGAACAGAGAGAUAUCAAACUUCGACUACCUCAUUCAACUGAAUACUAUGGCAGGACGAACCUAUAACGACCUCGCACAAUAUCCUGUGUUUCCAUGGAUCCUGCGGGAUUAUACGUCUGAGGAACUGGAUUUGAAUAAUCCUGCUGUGUUCAGGGAUCUGUCCAAACCCAUUGGUGUGGCAAAUGAAAAGAACAGCAAAGCUGUUCAGGAAAGAUAUGAGAAUUUUGAAGAUCCCCUGGGAAUCAUUGACAAGUUCCAUUAUGGCACUCACUACUCAAACGCCGCUGGGGUCAUGCAUUACCUCAUUCGGGUAGAGCCUUUUACCUCCUUGCACAUCCAGCUUCAGAGUGGCAGAUUUGACUGUGCCGAUCGGCAGUUCCAUUCCAUUCCUGCUACCUGGCAAGCUCUCAUGGACAAUCCAAAUGACGUCAAGGAACUGAUCCCAGAGUUCUUCUACUUCCCAGAGUUCCUGGAGAAUCAAAACAAUUUUAACUUGGGUCAGCUCCAGAUCUCAAAAGAAGUGGUGGGUGAUGUGAUCCUCCCAAAAUGGGCCCAGUCGCCAGAGGACUUCAUUUAUAAGCACAGGAAGGCUUUGGAGUCAGAAUAUGUGUCUGCCCAUCUUCAUGAGUGGAUCGAUCUGAUCUUUGGCUACAAACAGAGAGGGCCGGCUGCGGUAGAGGCGCUCAAUGUCUUCUACUACUGUACUUAUGAAGGAGCUGUGGAUUUGGAUGCCUUGACUGACGAGAAAGAAAGAAAAGCUUUAGAAGGGAUGAUUAACAACUUUGGCCAAACACCUUGUCAGCUACUGAAGGAGCCCCACCCUGUAAGACUGUCUGCCGAGGAAGCGGAGCAGAAGCAGAGCCGAAGCGACAGCUCCACCCUUAACCUCUUCCAGCAUCUCCCUGAACUGAAGUCCUUCUUCAUUGAGGGAAUCAGUGAUGGUGUUCCCAUCGUGAAGGCUGUGAUCCCCAGGAACCAGUCCCGAUCUUUCAUGUCUCAGGGGAGCCCAGAGUACUUCGUAACGCUGAGUGUGAAUUGCCUCAUUGGGACCCAUGGGUGGCUACCUUACGACAGGAAUAUCUCCAACUAUUUCACUUUCAUCAAAGAUCAAACUGUGACAAAUCCCAAAACGCAGCGAACCAUAAGCGGGCCGUUCGCACCAGGGCUGGAGAUCACGCCCAAGCUGUUUGUCGUGUCUCAUGAUGCCAAGCUCCUUUUUAGUGGAGGACAUUGGGACAAUAGCAUCAGAGUGGCAUCGCUCGCCAAGGGAAAACUGAUCGCACUGCAUAUCAGGCACAUGGAUAUUGUGACGUGCUUAGCUGUGGAUUUCUGUGGGAUCCAUUUAAUUUCCGGCUCGAGGGAUACCACUUGCAUGAUCUGGCAAAUAGUUCAGCAGGGAGGAGUUCCUGUAGGCUUGGCUCCUAAACCUUUGCAGAUUCUAUAUGGACAUACGGAUGAAGUCUCUUGUGUUGGCAUCAGUACAGAACUGGACAUGGUGGUCUCAGGGGCCAGGGAUGGCACCGUGAUUGUUCACUCUGUGCGGAAGGGUCAAUACAUGAGGACUCUGAGGCCCCCCUGUGAGAGUUCCCUCUUGCUCACCGUCCCAAACCUGGCUGUAUCCUGGGAAGGGCACAUAGUUGUUCACACCAGCAUAGAAGGAAAGACAACGCUCAAGGAUAAGAAUACACUACAUCUCUAUUCUGUGAAUGGAAAACAUUUGGGCUCUGAGAGCCUGAAAGAGGAAGUGUCGGAUCUCUGUGUGACUGGAGAAUAUAUUGUAAUGGGGAGUCUGCAGGGAUUCCUGUCCAUAAGAGAUCUCUACAGCCUCAGCCUUAGCGUUUCCCCUUUAGCCAUGCGGCUGCCAAUUCGCUGCGUCUCCGUUACCAAAGAGUACAGCCACAUUCUGGUGGGCCUGGAGGAUGGCAAGUUGAUUAUCGUCGGUGUUGGGAAACCAGCUGAGAUGCGCGCGGGCCAGCUCUCCCGAAAGUUGUGGGGGUCGAGCAAACGGAUCAGCCAGAUUUCGUCAGGAGAGACUGAAUAUAACACCCAAGAUUCUGUGUGAUUUCUGUUUCCCGCCUCCCCUUGUGGAUUCCACAGAUUUUAUUUAAUCUUCCGAUC